UGAUCCUCUGCCUCAUUUUGCGUUGUGUCUUUCAUUCACCUCUUUCUUCUCUCCUCCCUCUCAAAGUCCGACUCAACAAGCCCAAUUAUAUCUUCCCACUACCUGUCUCCCUCUUCCCCCAUAACUUCAUCUCUGUUCUACUUUUACCCCACACCAACUCUAACAAAUCAAUUCUCACUGCCACAACUCCUAAUUCUGGUCUUCAUUCUUUAUGACACUCUUCAUCAAUUGAUGGGUAUGUUCAUAUUUUCCACAUGAAGUAAUUUUUAUGAAAAAAAUAUUAUAUUUUUCAUCAUUUUAAUUACCAAUCAAUAAAAACCUUUGCUUUUUCCAAACCCACCAAUCACCUUACAUUAUUUUUCCAAGCUAAGGCAUUUUACUACACAAAAGCUGCCAUUUUUUGCGUACAAAUACGCCGAGGGAAAGCAGGUAAUUAUGUGAUUAAGAACUUGUUUUGACUGAAAUUGAAGUUGCUUAAGGAAAUCAAGGUGCAAAGAAAAGUGGGUUUUUUUGUUUGUGUGAAGGAGUGGAAAAAGGAAGAAGAUUAAAGGAUGCCAGUUCCUCUUGCCCCAUAUCCUACUCCUCCAGUACCUUUCACCCCACCAGCUAAUGGAACACAGAGUCAAUUAGUAUGUUCAGGGUGUAGAAAUCUUCUACUUUAUCCAGCUGGAGCAACUUCUGUAUGUUGUGCUGUAUGUAAUGCUGUUACUGCUGUUCCACCCCCAGGUAAUUAUGUGAUUAAGAACUUGUUUUGACUGAAAUUGAAGUUGCUUAAGGAAAUCAAGGUGCAAAGAAAAGUGGGUUUUUUUGUUUGUGUGAAGGAGUGGAAAAAGGAAGAAGAUUAAAGGAUGCCAGUUCCUCUUGCCCCAUAUCCUACUCCUCCAGUACCUUUCACCCCACCAGCUAAUGGAACACAGAGUCAAUUAGUAUGUUCAGGGUGUAGAAAUCUUCUACUUUAUCCAGCUGGAGCAACUUCUGUAUGUUGUGCUGUAUGUAAUGCUGUUACUGCUGUUCCACCCCCAGGGACGGAGAUGGCCCAACUAGUUUGUGCAGGUUGCCACACACUCUUAAUGUACAUCCGAGGAGCAACUAGUGUACAAUGCUCUUGUUGUCAUACUAUUAAUCUUGCUUUAGAAGCAAAUCAAGUGGCACAUGUGAGUUGCGGGAAUUGCAGAAUGUUGUUGAUGUACCAAUAUGGAGCACGAUCUGUUAAAUGUGCGGUCUGCAAUUUUGUCACUUCAAUUGGGGUAAAUUUAUAUAACUUUCAAUCAUUGGAUUUUAAAGGAAAAGAAAUUAAAGGAAAUUAAUGAGGCCUCAGCAAGUAUGCCAGACCAGAAAUUCAAUAAUGCUUGAAGCAAUCAAUGGGAAAAUAAAUUAAAAAAAUUACUGAAUUAUCCGGAAAAUUACAAUCUUUAACCAAAGGAGAUUGGCAUUAAACUUUUUUCGUAUAUAGAGCUUUUUUUUUCAUUCACUCAAGCUUUUUCCAAUAAAAUAAGCGAUCUUCUGAAAUAGGUAUUGAAUUCCGCCAAAUGGUUAUGGUGAUAAAUAUUUUGUAUAAUAGCAGAGUAAAAUAGGUAGAAACGUCGUAGUUUGUAUGAAAAAGCUUCACUCUUGAAUCUUGAUGAGUUUGUUGUGUGAAUUUUUUUUUUGUUGUUGAUACAUCUUCUCCAUCAACCAUCUUAUAAAAACUUAACAUAGUUUUUUUUCGUAAUUUAAAACUUUUUUCAGAUAUAUAAAUUUUAGGAAAAAUUGUCAAAAUUAAUUUAACCUACUGUCUUUGUCCAUCUGCUGUAAAAAAAUCUCCACUAUUAAUUAUUUGUAAAUAAUUCAACUUUUAUAUAUUUUUUAACCGGAUACUGUAAUUUAGAAUUUAACCGGCUACUGAGAAU